CUUCCUUUUCUGGAAGUAGAACAUAGAAUCUGCAAUGGAGAAAAAACUGUUCUUGGUUUUCACCAUUUGCCUAAUCGUAGGGCUCAGCAGUGCCUUGCUGCCUUCGGGACAAUGCAAUGUUCCAGCAAAGUCAAGACAAAAUUGUGGCUACCCAGGCAUUGAUGAAAUCGAAUGCAGUGCAAGGCAAUGUUGCUUUGAUUCAAACACAUUUGAUGCCCCCUGGUGUUUCAACCCUGUUCCAGUAGAUGGAACGAUCAUGUAUAAACAAGCCCUUUGUUCUUUGUUCUUUAAAACAUUAUGCUUGCAUGCUCAGCUCAGGCAUGAUGUAACAUCACAAUUGCUAGAUCUGCAAACUAAGAGCCUUUAUAUAAGGAGUAAUACUUGGGACGGAAGAAGACAGGAAGUCCUGUGUUACUCCAGCAUCCAUAUUUGCAGGCACCAGAAUCAAGCCACAUAUGUCAAGCAUCUCAGCAGUUCACAUGCAUGUCAGUGUCUAAUGGAUGUCAAAGAGCGAAAGAACUGUGAUUUCGCUUCCAAAGGUAUCACAGCAGAGGAAUGCACAGCAAAUGGAUGUUGCUUUGAUUCAACAGUGCCCGACGUCCCGUGGUGCUUCAAACCUUCUGGAGAAAGAGUUUCACUUCGUUAUGCAAAGAAAAUGAUUGAACCAGAGGCAAGGAUGCAGUGCGGUUAUGAAGGAAUCUCACGUAAGAGGUGUAAAAGAAUUGGGUGCUGUUUUGAUCCUACAGUUUCUGGUCCAUCUAUGUGUUUCCAUCCACCAGUAAAUAAUGUUUCCAAACACUGUCUCAUGGACAUGAGUGCAAGAGAAGACUGUGGAUACCCAGGCAUCACAGCUGAGAAAUGCCAAGAAAAAGGAUGUUGCUUUAAUUCAUAUGUUGUUAGUACUCGAUGGUGCUUUCGAUCUCUCUCUGACACAGGACGUGCUAAGAUGUGUGGAAUGGCACCAAAGAAAAGAGUCCAAUGUGGUUAUCCUGGCAUCUCUGCUGAUGAAUGCUUGGGAAAAGGAUGCUGCUAUGAACAUUAUCAGUAUUUGCCUAAGGUCCCAUGGUGCUUCGAACCUUCAGAAAAGCAAGACAAUUUUUUAGUAUGUGUGCCCACAUUAUAUGUGGGUGAGGCUUAUGCAGCUUCCAGCAUAUGCUGGAAGCCUGUACCGGAAGAAUCCUCAGCGCACCAGGAAGAGGAAAUAAAUCAUACCUCUCCAGACACACCAUUGAUCUGGAAUUCCUUUGAUAAAUCUGACAACUCAAGAUCCCAAUUAGACAUGAACUGCAAUUUGCUCUGGCUCCUGAUGAUUGCCUUGGUAUUAGGAUUAGGCAGCCUGGCAGAUGCCCGGAAGCAAAGACCAAAAUAUCCACCAGGCCGAGGACGUUCCUGUAAUGUACCUCCAGCAAGGAGACAAGAGUGUGGAUGGGAAGGGAUAUCUAGAAGAGAAUGUGAACUGAAAGGCUGCUGUUUUAGCAACAAGAUCCGUCAUGCAAAAUGGUGUUUCUACCAUGGCUGAUUUGAAUGAAAUGAAGACAGGAAUCAAGAAUUACAGUCAAUGGCAUCACUGAAAGAAAAAUGAUAAAUGGCAUGGCAUCACUGCUGAUUUAAACAUUUCUUGUUCUCUUUUGCUACCUGACUCCUUGCUGCUUUC